AAAGGGACUCGUCUUCUUUCCUACUCACUCUCUUCAAAAUAUUGAGUCAUUAAACUUGUGCCCAAUAAGCCACUGGGGUUUGGGCAUCCUCAAGGCUCCUCAGGCAAGCCAAUUCUCCAUCAGUACAGCGAUAUUGACAGACUGAGGUUGUGGACUCACAUGGGCAAGAUGGAUAGGCGAUAAAUAAGACAUCAACUUCAGAGGUAAGGUACACGUUGAUUUCGUUAUGACAAGCUGCUGUGCAGAAGAUGUCCACGCUGUCUGUGACUGAUAUCCCAGAUGUUGGUCAUGAUGAGAGUAAGGUGUUUGAUGGGGCCUCUGAGCUGCAGCUGGACUGCAUGGUUGAGGAGAGCAGUGGAAGCGCUACAAUGAAGCACGAUAGCCUGCUGUCGCUGGCUGACCUCUCCCACCCAGAUGACUUCCCCGUCCCCCCUCAUAAUGGCCCUUCACUGACUGAGAUGAGCAGCCCUUUGCCAAUAGAGCUUACUGACAUUAAACUGGAUCCAGCUGCAGGUGACACAUCUGCUAGCACAGAUGGUCAGCCAGUGAAGAGAAAAAAGGGGCCUGCUCCUAAGAUGCUUGGCAAUGAGGUGUGCAGUGUGUGUGGAGACAAGGCCUCUGGCUUCCAUUACAAUGUGUUGAGCUGUGAGGGCUGCAAGGGCUUCUUUCGACGCAGCGUCAUUAAAAGUGCCCAGUACUCCUGCAAGAACAACGGCCGCUGCGAAAUGGACAUGUACAUGCGCCGCAAGUGCCAGCAGUGCCGCCUGCGCAAGUGUCGGGAGGCGGGCAUGCUGGAGCAGUGUGUGCUCUCUGAGGAACAAAUCAGACUGAAAAAGAUGAAGAAGCAGCACGAGGAGGAAACGGCCCGCACGUCCACAGUUGUCACCCCCACCCCUCUACAGGAAGCGGCCCCACUGGAUCCACAGCAGCAAGAGAUGAUUGAGAAGCUGGUGGCCAUGCAGAAACAAUGCAACAAGAGGUCUUUCCUUGAUCGACCAAAAGUGACUCCCUGGCCACAGAGUCAGGACUUGCAGAAUCGAGAAGUGCGUCAGCAGAGGUUCGCCCACUUUACUGAGCUAGCAAUCAUGUCAGUCCAAGAGAUUGUGGAUUUUGCUAAGCAGCUUCCUGGUUUCCUGGAGCUCACGAGGGAGGACCAGAUUGCUCUACUUAAGACGUCUACUAUUGAGAUUAUGCUGCUUGAGACAUCUCGGCGAUACAAUCCUGCUAUUGAUAGCAUAACAUUUCUGAAGGAUUUCAGCUACAAUAAGGAGGAUUUCGCCAAAGCAGGGCUUCAGUUUGAGUUCAUUAACCCCAUCUUUGAGUUUUCAAAAGGAAUGAAUGACCUUCAUCUGGACGAGGCCGAAUAUGCCCUGCUCAUCGCCAUAAACAUCUUUUCUGCAGAUCGUCCAAAUGUGCAGGAUCAUGAUCUGGUGGAGAGGCUGCAGCAACCCUAUGUGGAUGCACUGCGCUCUUACAUCAUGAUAAAGAGACCAAAUGAUCAUUUGAUGUUUCCCCGUAUGCUGAUGAAGCUGGUGAGCCUUCGUACACUAAGUAGCGUCCACUCGGAGCAGGUUUUUGCCCUUCGCCUCCAGGACAAGAAGCUUCCCCCGCUGCUGUCUGAAAUCUGGGACGUCAAUGAGUGACUGCAAACCUGAUGUCCCAUUCUGUGGCUUUAUGAAGCCUGAGACAGACAUCGAGCAGAAACACAGACUCCUUUCUGCCCAUCUGGUCAGGGAAUGGUUACCGCAUUGAGAUUUGUUUUCUUUUGGUGGGAGGAGAGCAUCAUUGCCCUUUGCUCUCGAACAGACUGAUAAAUGGUUUUGUGUUCAUAAGUAGAACAAUGGACACCUAGUUUUCUUUGACCGUUUUGUUGAUGUUCUUUUUCUGUAGAUGCUGACAUGAUUAUGGCGAUAUUAAAUACCAGCAUCAGGCUCUGUAGCCUUUAUCUCUGAUUUAAUAUAGUUAUGUCAGUCUCUGGUGCAGUUCUGUACUCAUCCUCUAACAAUUAUAAUGAGAAAUUUCUGAGCAGGUCUUGGCUUUGGCUGUCUCAAAUGUCAGGAUUACAGCUGCACAUUCAGUUGAAAGAGUGAUUUUUUGCAAUUGUGCAAUAGGUGGAAAUGGAUACAGAGUUAAGCAUGAGCAGACCCAUAUCUGCUGUUCACUUUAUUGAUGUUAGGUAAAAUGGUAGGGCAUCUAGGGUUGGUGUUGUGAUAUGGCAACAAUUAGUUUGUGUUUGUUUGGAGUAAGUGCAGAAAUCAAAAGGUUGGUGUAGUCGCUCAGGUAAAGUAAUGUGAAGCAGACCUCCUAGAACUGGAGGCUUCUUUAAUUUUAGAAUUAGAUUACUUUAGUCUUCUUCCACGUGCAUAAGGGACCCUUUUGGUCAUUUAUAGAUGCCCAUUAACUUUCAUGUAAAUUGUAUAUUUAUUUUCACGUAAAAUAUGUAUAGAGUGCACACAUGAAAAGUAUCCAUAAGAUUGUACAAUCAUAUACUAACGCACAAGAAAGUAAACCUCUACAGGUGACUGUCAGACUGCGCCCUCAUUAACAGGAAAUGGUGAUGCGACAAAAUCUUUUAGUUUUUUGUUGGUUUUUUUACACAGAGCACUGGUACCUUGAAGAAGCUGGUACUCAAGUGUCUUCAUAUUCCAUGUAAAGAUAAAAUGAAAUGUUAAGAAACGGAAGUCAAACUAUCAUCUCUGACCCUCCUUUCAAAAUAAUAAAAUAACAUACUGACAAAGUUGUAUUCUUAAAUCAAAAUAGAAUGGAUAUCUAUUAACACCUUAUUCAUCAAUAUGUGUAUGUGAGAUGUGCUUUUUUUCAUUUCAUUACAAAGCAGUACAAUUAUUUUCAUAUUUUGUUUUUUGUUUUUUUUACCAAGCAUUUAAAGGCGAGAGAAACAACAUACGUGUAGUUUGAACAGGAUAUAGAGAAUUUCACUGCUUUUUAUUUUUGAUAAUAUACUGUAUGAAUGAUACUGAGUAAAAGAUGUAUAGCUGAAUAUCUCGAGGAAAACUAGGUUGAUCUGAAGGUCUACUAUUAUUGAGUAUCUUCCUUCGGGUACUCAACACCAACAGCUUUAACUGGUCAAAUUCUGGAGCUUCGCUAAAACCUGUACCAAACUCUUUAUUAACAGGGAGCAGAGAACGACAGGAAAUGAGUAGAAACAUUACAAAUUUAAGUUAUAAUAAACUUUAUAACUUAAGAGAUUUUAGAUGUUAAUAUUCAUUCUGUGUUUUCCAUGCAUUUCCUUGUGCAGUGUAAACUUGAAAUUUGCGUUUAACAGAUGAUAAGUGAAUGUCAAUGCAAAUUCAUAAUUGUGAAGUUUAUUCUCAUAAAGUAUAGUACAGUUCAAUUCAGGCAUUUUGUGUUAUGCUUUUUACCAUUUUCAGCACAGAACACACAAAUAGAAAUCCAUCCGACUCCCAGUAAAUUCACAGCAGUUAAAACAACAGGCAAGCCUGGUUUUGAUUUGAUCCAAAAGCACUUGGUGAUUUUAUGUUUUAAUAAUUUUAAUUUCAGUGUUGGACUUGGGUUGUCUUUUUUUCCUCUUACUUCAUCCACCAAUAUGUCUGUAUUGCAUAAUGGCAUAAUGUUGUUGUUAAAAUGAAUGACUUGUUAUGGAUCUCCCAGAUGGUCCAACCAUGUUUUUUAAAAACAGGCCUUUUUCACAGCAGAGAUUUCGAUUUGUCACAGUAGGAAAAGCACGGGUAUUACUAAUAACAUAAAAGAAAUGGCACAGUGUCCCAGUAAGCCAUGUUGACAGUUAGCCACCAUGCACUAUACUAGGACCCUAAAAACUGAAGCAGUUUAAUUGAGCCAUCAUUCAUUUUAUUAUUUACAUGUGCUUUUCCUACUGUGACGUGUUAAAAUGUCUUACGAUGACAAAGAUGUAUUGUUUUAUAUCCCUGUCCAUUGCACGGGACAGGAGCAUAUGUCUCAGUCUAAACAGAUCAAGGGAGUAGUACAGUUCUCUAAUAAUGGUAAAAGCAUGAAUUGGUGAGUUAACUGCCUAGGUUGUAUUUACCAUUCAAUUCAACUUUCUAUGUUUCAUUGUGUUGAUUAAAUGAUCUAAUGGCUAACUGGAGGAGUAAACCAUAAUUCAUUGCUUCUGCCUGGUGUGACUUUAACCUAACUGGUUGACUCUUAAACAAUAAGAUAUGACUGUAAAUGGACAACACACUGAGAGCUCCACCUAUUGGUGGGUUGAAUGGAUGUUUUAUUGUAUUCACAGCGGUACAGUAUGUUAUUGAGCCUGCAGAAUCAUCACAGAAAGAAAAGCAACCAGUGUUUUUCUUCCUCUCCUCCAACAGUUGCUGGGAAAAACACCUGACAAAAGGGCUCCAGUUAUGUAAUUGUUGUUGCUACUGGAAGCAAGUGUGGUCCAGUUAUUCAAGACAACAUGGAGAGUUAAAGUUUCAUUCCCAUCUUUAGCUGUAUUGUGUUUCAUUGCUAAUUUGAAAGUUGAAUUAAAUGUCAGACUUAAAAAGAUUUUCCUGAGGAACACUUUUUCAUUCAGCAGGAACACAUAAAGAAAGAAGUUAAUGGUGUCCUGGCAUUUUCUGACCACAUGUUGUAUCAAGCCUUUUGCCUUCCUCUCAGAAUUUGAUUUACUUGUUACUAAUGCUCUGAAAAUGGGAACAGGUUUUUGUUAUUGAUUUUCUUACAUCCAUCUUACUCUUUAGUAAUUUAUUUAAUGGGUUUUCUUUUUGACAGAUGGAUCAAUAUUAAAAGAAGCAGAUUACUACAGAUGCGUGCAGCAUUUUGAAACCAUACCAGUCAUUUGUUUCAGUUGGAUAUGUAAUAUUUUCUUUUGGGUCCCUUUGCAAUGAAAUAUGAGGUUUGUGUUUGUGUGUUGGUUUGCUGCUUUCUCCAGGCAAACACUGACCAGGUUUCUCUGUAACAUAGGGGUGAAUUAUCCACCAUGCCAAACGCCCUCAACUGAAGUGAAAUGAUGUGUCAUGGUGUGCUGUACUCUGAUCAAAUGAGCAAAAAGCAUUGGUUGUUGACUCUUAAAUCUUUGUUUCUUAGUGUACAUGUUCUGUUAAUGCUGUAGGUAUCAAGGUUAAUUGUACUGUAUAUACUGUAAUUGCAAUCUCUGAUCUCAUUUAAUUCCUGUCUUCAAAGAGUGACACUGUAAACAUUAUUGAUAUAUAGAAAUGCAAACCUAUUUUAAUACUUGUAACUCCUGAAGACCUUCUGUUUUGUAUGUACAGUUUAAAUUAAAGCUAUGCUGUAGUGCUGAUAUGUUUGGAAUCAA